AUGUCGUUCUUAGUGGAGUUGGAUGCGUUUGAGGCCCCAAAGAGAUUCCACAUGCCGAGAUUCCAGAUUUAUGACUAUAAGUCUAAUCCAAACUUUCAUGUCGGCUUGUAUUUAAAUUCCAUGGCUUUGUGGAGCGGGAAUGAGCAACUACUGUGCAAGGUGUUCCCCUCAUCCUUUGGAGAGAUAGCAUCUGAUUGGUUUCAUAAGUUGUCGAGAGGAACUGUGAAGAGUCUGGCUGAGAUGGUUGUGGCCAGCGAUGGUGAAAGCCUGAGGGCAUACGCCAAGAGAUAUUACGAGAUAUUCAAGCGAAUUUCGGCUUAUAACCAUGAGCUGGUGGUCAUAUCUUUUAAGAAUGACCUGGAUGAUGAAUGCCCACUUCGAAAAUCACUUGCAAAAAUCCUACCAAAAAGUAUGGAGGAGCACAUGGCACAGAUUGAGAAAUAUGUCAGAGUAGAAGAGGACACGCAAGGAAUGAAGACACCAAAGCAAGAGAAGAGAAGCGGCUCGCCGAAGCGAGAUCGAGGUAAUUCUGGUGUAAACAGGCAGGAGACAGGGUUGAGGGCUGCACAGGUAGUCACCACUAUAUUUAGGAUCCCGAUCUACAAAGUUUUGGAAAGGAUCAAGAACCAGCCAUAUUACAGAGCGCUGGAGAAGAUCCCUAGUGAGUUAAUGAGAAGGAACAUUGGGAAGCACUGUGCUUACCAUAAUGAGGAUGGGCACUUGACUUAG